CAAACCCAGGACAGACAGAGACAGAACAAUACAAUCACUAACAACUCCAGCAAGUGAUAAUAUAAAACAAUAUGCAUGGGACUUGGUAUACCUAAAACUGAGGUAUCUGGAAUUGAAAGCAGAGCAUAUAUCAUUGUGCAGGAGUUAAUGACACGUCCAAUUUUCGGGAUACAGACUGCAGACAUUUCCUUGCUGAGGAGCGACAUGUACAAAAAUGAAUAUCAGGGGGGAGCAUUUGUUGAAGUCUUCAGUGCUCAAGGGAAAGAUCCUGUGGCCAAGUGGAAGCUAUCCGGCAGCCAAUCAGGGAUCUGGAAAGACUUUGAUAAGGAAGUGAAGAGUUUUGUCUUUGUCCUUGAAGGAAGCAGCCAGACUAUCAAGAUGCAGCUGCCAAAGGAUAACAAGCAAAUGCUUGGUCUUAUCCAGAGGUUCCUGAUCUUUCAGCUGUACAUCCCACUUGGACAGGACUUCUCUGCUGAGCUCCUAAUAACCGAUUUGGCAAAUAUUAAAAGAAGAUUAUAUUUAUCUACUGUCCACAAGGAAUUAUCUGCGACUCCCUUACACGCAAAAAUCCCGCUCUCCAUCAUAAGACGUAAAGUUUGGUGUAAUCUCUGCAUUGACCUAGUGGCCUUCACAAGUGGGAUAUUUAAAGGUGCUGUUUUCCAAUCUUUGGAUGGAAUCACGGUGUCAGCCAGCUGUAAACUGAGGAAGAUUUAUACUAUGAAGCUGAAACCCCCGGACACUGUGCAACAAGAUAUAUAUGGAUCGUCAUUAUCAGACUGUGAGCCCACUGAUACAAUUCCUAGAAGUUGCCAAAUUACCACAGAUGUGGAUCAGGUCACCCAGGUUCUAGACCUCACCAAGUUACGCCACUCAGAAACACGAGAAGACGGGAAAAUUGAGCUAUUGGCAGAAACAGAUGCACUUACUACAAGAGGAUACGGCAGCUCCCGGGACAUCCGGAAGGGCGAUAGAUCCCACAUUGCCUUUGGAUCCAAGGUUUUGGGGCCUCCACCAACCACUGUAAGAAAAAACAGUGCCCGGUCAUCAACAGAGUCCACAAGAUCUUCAGGCAGACAUGUAAGGUCCUUACAACCGCUGCCACCGGACAAAGGAACACCACCUCUGGCGCACGCUACAGAGACUAAGACCUUGUCGCCAAGCCCAUCUCAUCUUCCAGAUCAAAGGAACAAAGAAAAUAUAGAUCAGACAAAAAGAAAGGAUCUCCUUCCCCAAGAUUUCCACCCGCACCCUCCUCAGAAGCCCCCUACAACUGAGAGGAGCAGGACACUGCAGAGUGUAGGGAGUGCAAGGAAGGAGCAGAGAACAGUUCUUGACAGAUCUUCUGUGGGACACUGCCGUAAUGAAGAUAAGCUCCCUGCUCAGAUCCCUGUACCCUCCUGCCGGGGCGAAAGCAGAGCGAAGACAUUAAAUAACAUCAGCGCAAACUUUACAGAUGAGUGGAUUUUCCCUGACAGACUUCAAGAUCUAUCUAAACUAUCCGACGUCCAAUAUCAAACAGACAACAGCAAUGUACGCGAGCAGUCAGCAGAUAACAGAGCAAAUGACAUUACAUAUCCUGAAGGAAGGGCCCCCGAGGACCCCGACACUUCUUUCCCUCGCUCCUCAGUGCCUGGCUCAAUGCUUCACGGGAGACGUCAGGGUCAGUCUCCUGUCAGGAACACAAGCUCUCCAGAUGUCUUAGAACAGAGCGGACGAGGGCCUGGAAUGGAAGAUGAUUUCUAUAGAAGUGACAGCAGCAUUGAGUUCUUCCAGUGGACUUCCAGCCCUCGGUCAGAACACAGCACAACCCUGUCACCAGAGUUCCCUCAUUCCGUGAACAUUACUAGGAGUUCGGAAAAUGUAUCAAACUUGCAAUCUCUUUUAAAGGCUUCCAUUGCAAAUACUCCUAAAGAUACAAAGAUGGGAGACUUCAGCAGUCAGAGGAGCCUGAUGCCAACCCGCAGUUUGUCCCCUAGUGGAAGUAGGAGUGAAGUCUCUACGGGAAAUUCAGUCAUUUCAAAAAUUCAACAAUUUAUAUCAGAUAACAAGCUAAGAACUUCAAUGAGCAAGAAAUCCCUGAAGGAAAUCCCAAAGGACGAUAGCAAAAUGACAGAUGAAGCAUCGAGUCUACCAUUACUACUUCCUCCGGCAGUGACUUCCAAAUCUUUAUUCCCCUUACGGAGAAGAACCCUUCCCUACGUUGCGUACGGAAUUUUCUCUCUUCUAGCCUCAGGGUAUGACUGGAGGAAUUACCAAGUCAACAGACUGAGUGCCUCAGAAAUGCAGAUGCUGGCCAGUAUGAAGAGGCAGCAGAAUGAGGAACUGGAAAACGAGAGGACAUCUCAUGGGUUGAGCCAGUCUCAGAUUGACCACUGUAACGUUAGCAUGAGUACGAGCAGCGAUGAUACGACAACCUGGAACUCCUGUCUGCCACCACCUGUCAAUCAAGGAUCUCACUAUCAAGCAGAAAUGAAUCCACUGGCUCAAUCCAACCCUCGGGAUUGGCUAAAUGCAUUCAGUCCCCCUAUAAUACCAGCAAGCCAGAAUCAGGACUUGGAUCCUUUACUCAAGCUCAAACAAUCCAGCCUGUGCUCCUGCACUGAAGGUGACGAUGGAAUUGGCGCAGAUGAAGAAGACGACAUUCUGACCUUGUUGUAUGACCCGUGCCUGAACUGUUAUUUUGACCCAGAAACUGGAAAGUAUUAUGAAUUAGCUUAGGGAGAAAAUGUUAUAUUUUAUCAAUAAAAAUAAAAAAAAAAUAAUGAAA